AUGAAUCCAGAAGACGGCGAUGACCGGUCGUCCUCGACACCUACCGGCACCUCGAAGCAGCUGUCCGCUCAGGAUAAGGACAAGCCCCGUCUGACCGACCAAGAAAAGAAGAACAACCAUAUCGCCUCGGAGCAAAAGCGACGUGCGGCCAUCCGGGAGGGGUUCGAUCGCCUGACGGAGCUGGUACCUGGUCUCGAGGGCCAGGGUCGGAGUGAAAGCAUUGUUUUGCAGAAGACGGUCGAUUUCAUCCACUUGAAGCUGCAGGAACGACACGAGCUCAUCGCCGAGGUCGAGAACAAAGGCGGCCGGGUGGACGACUCGCUCCGACCAUCAUGA